ACAUGAGAAUCCAUUUCAACCCGUGCGAUCCAGGCCAUCUUCAUAUAAUACAUAGUACGUAGUACUACUUAUUAUUUAAAUGAUCUAUAUCGAUCGAUCGGUCAUCAUAUAUAUACAUAUAUAAAUAAGCAGGCUAUCUAGCCGCUGCUCAUAUAUACGUAGCAUAAGUAAUGGAUAACAAAGGUAUUAUUGCGUCCUUAUUAUUACUAUUGUUGCCGCUGAUGAUGAUGGUUUACAAGAAAAGAGGUGGGAUGAGGAGUUGGUGGUGGUGGUCAUCAGGGUCGGCCAGUUGCAGCAACAGAUAUGCACCAAGAAACUGGCCGGUGGUAGGGAUGUUGCCGGGGCUGCUUCAGAAGGCUGGCCACAUCCACGAUUACGUGACAGAUGUUCUGGGAGAGGUGGGGGGCACCUUUGAGUUCAAGGGUCCUUGGUUCUCCGGGCUGGACAUGGUGGUCACCUCCGACACCGCCAAUGUCCGCCACAUCCUCACCCGGAACUUCGCCAACUACCCCAAGGGUCCCGAGUUCCGGGAAAUAUUCGAGCUCUUGGGAGACGGCGUCUUCAACGCCGACUCCGAGCGGUGGCAGCUCCACCGCAGAGCCGCGCUCUCGCUCAUGACCCACCCCCACUUCAACGCUCUGCUGGCGAGCAGCGUGUGGGGGAAGGUGGAGAACGGGCUGCUGCCCGUUCUUGACCUCCACGCCAGCCGCGGUUCCUCCUUCGAUUUGCAAUGCCUCUUCCAGAGGUUCACUUUUGACUCCAUCAUUCUCGUACUCCUCCACAAGGAUCCUCGCGCCCUCACCGCUUUGGACUCCCAUCCCCUCGACCACGCCUUCAAGGACGCCAUUGACGCCGUUCUGUACCGCCACCUCCUUCCUCCGUGGCUCUGGAAGCUCCAAAGGUGGCUCCGGAUAGGGAAAGAGAAGAAGCACGCUCAGGCUUGGGCCCUCCUUGAUCAAUUUUUCUACUCCUCUCUAUUGGAGACACUGCCCCAGCUACCACACCCACAGGUGGAAAUGAGGAGCCAAAAUGAAGAGAAAUUGAGCAUGUUGACGGCAUACAAGAAAUUCGUCCUACAGGAGGAACUGACUUCGUCAUCAUCAUCAGGUUCUUGGCUGCAGUUUCUUAGAGACACCUUAGCUAACCUGACAUUUGCAGGGAGGGAUACAACCAGCGUAGCUCUGACUUGGCUCUUCUGGCUCCUCGCCAAUAACCCCGGGGUGGCUGCUAAGAUACGGGACGAGAUCAGAGACGCCAAGCUAUUUAGCGACAGCGGCAGCGAGCAUGCCUUGAUUGAGAAAUGCCGAGGCAAGCAGGAACUGGUCUACCUUCACGCCACAGUGUGCGAAACCCUGCGGUUGUACCCUUCAGUGCCGCUGAACCACAAAGUGGCUGCGGAGGUGGACCAGCUCCCCAGCGGGCACCGGGUCAAGCCCAACACCCGCAUCAUACUGUCCUUUUACUCGAUGGGGAGGAUGGAAGCAAUAUGGGGCGAUGACUGCCUUAAAUUCAAGCCGGAGCGAUGGAUCACGAUGUCCUCGAGCUCUGUUUUGAAUUUGAAGCACGUCUCGCCCCACAAGUUCCCGGCCUUCAAUGCGGGACCCAGAACCUGUCCCGGUAAGGACAUGUCUUUCUUUGUCAUCAAAAUCGUUGCCGCCUCCAUCAUACAUCGCUACCAUUUUCACCUCCCCCACGACGAUAGAGCUCAUCCUGUCACCCCCAGCGACUCUGUUGUUCUUGAAGCCAAACAUGGCUUCAGAGUGAAGCUCUCUCCUCUUUCCCACUCUCAAAGCUCACCUACCUAAUAAGCUGAUAGCUUGUUGUACAAAUUUUAUGUAUACAGUCAUCUGUUUGUUAUAAAUUGUUGUAGUUCUCUAUUCAUCUAUUUCCCUCACCGAAUGUAAUGUGUUAUCCUAGCAUCAAAACUUAUAACAUUUGAAUUAA